UGCAUUCCUUCCUUCUUCUUUUUCGGUAGUAGCGCGUCCUACUGUUAAGCAACUUCAUCUGCACUCUGAUUAUGUGUCGAAAUUCCCAAUUUACCCCUUGGAACAAAGACUACACAAUCUAUGUAGUUGUAGAAGAAGCAAUAGUAAAUAUUUUGAAUCUAAAUCAAAAUUCAGAGAAAAAGUAACCACUCCUGUGAUUAUAAACCUCGAGCUCACCGGAGACUGCAAACAUAGUAAACUGAAUUACUCAUUUUCCGGUAACUGCAGAUCCACACGCCCUCGCCGCCAUGUCGAUUGAGGAGCUGAAAUCUGCUAUGAAUGAACACGUUGAUCUUAUGUCAGAUCUUGUUCAGAAGAUCUCUUCCGAACUUCGUACCAACCUUCGUCCUGCUUACGAUAACUUCUUGGGUUUCUUUCAUGCCAUUGAUUGGAAGGAACCCUGGCUACUGGGAUUGUUAUCAUUCUAUGUUGUAUUGCUGCUUGUAACUAUUAUCUCUAGGAAGAAUACCAACUUUCAGAUGUGCUUGUUCCUUUUGACGUUGGCUGGUGUAUAUCUUGCUGAGAGACUGAAUAGUUUUCUGGGGGGAAACUGGAAAAGCUUCUCAAGUCAAAACUAUUUUGAUCCAAGUGGAGUAUUUAUAUCAGUUCUUUGGUCUGGACCUCUCCUUGUGUUGGCUAUGAUAAUCUUGAUCAAUACGCUCUUUUCCUUAUGUUACUUGAUUGUUAAGUGGAAAAGAGCUGAACUAAGACAUCGUGCAAGGGCUGCUCGAAGUAAGCAGGAAUAGUUGAUCUGUAGUAGGAUUUUGAUGGAUUAAUCUGUAGUAGGAUUUUGAUGUGGAUUAAGCCUGUUUGGAGUGUUGCAGAGGUAAGUUUACUUUGCCAAAAGCGCAACCAAACACAUGCUAAAUGCAGUGGGAUUUUAUGGAUUCAACCAUGAAGGAACUAGUGUCAAUGAGGUGAUGUAAUCACAUGGUCAUAUAGAUGAGUUGUCUUUCUUUUUUCCUCUUAAACAAGGAACUAUGUUAUUUGAACAUCAAAAUACAAACACACUAAAUGUUAAACUCUA